AUGUCAGAUAAAGUUUGGGGAGAUAAACCAAUAUACUUUAAACAACCACUUAGAUGGGUUAAAUAUCAUGCAAAUGUAAAUCCUGCAUUAUUUGUAUCUGUUGCUUUAGGAUUAAGUGGUCCUUUGAUUUUAAUGUUAACUCCAUUAAGAAGAAAAUAUUUAUAUCCUGACCAUGAACCUAUUCCUUUAGUUUAUCCAUUACCUACUACUCCAAGAGAUAAGAAUCUAAAAGGAUUUGAUGAUGAAUGA